UUGCUUUAAAAUGGAUUUUGCUUUGGAGCGAACUUGCAAAGAACCUAGAGGUGUCUCUUGUGAAAAAAAAACGUAAAAGAUGUAUUAACACGUUUUUUGGGAAACUGAAACAAUUAACUUAUAGUAUUUAUACAUUUUUGGUCGCAAAUGAGUUCAUUUCAAUGGUAAGCGUCACCUUUUUCCUUUUUUCAUCACAUGCACUAACCUUUUUGGAGCCCAUGUUGAUUUCUCUCACAAGAAAAUCCGCUGUGCGCCCGUCUUGCGGGAAAACUAUGAAUGCGUCGCUGUCAUAAAUCGCCGUAUUUCGAGCAUGUCGACAUAUGUCGAGACAAAUGAAAAGUCAAAUUUUACGUCGGGUGUCGAAAGGAUCUUGUACUUGAACAACCAGUCCCAGUGGGUAGGUACACAAAUACACGACAGUAAUUGAAAGCGCCAACCUGUUUUUUUUUCCCCCUUCCUCUUUCCUGAUGAUGAAGUUCUACUUUAUCUGUGCAUAUUGUGGUCGCUGUGGCCUGCGUGUGUGCGCGGGUCUGCCUCGGGCAAACUGAUUGGAUGUGGUGGAUUAGUUUUUAAUAGCAUCAAAGUGUUGGUACAGCUUGCUAAAAUAUUCAGUGAACUGCGAAGUGUUCGGCGAGCAAACAUUUGGAUCUUAAAAGCUGCGUCUGCUUGUGUGACACCGGUCACCAUAAACACAGGGGGUACUUCUAAUCUGAACGAAUUCAAUUAUAGGAACUACAAAAUUUACCAGUUCCUUGGAAAAAUGUUUUUUAAGAUGUUUUUGAGCACAAAUUCAAACUUAUUCGAACGGCUCCAAGUCAAAAUGGAUUGAACGUCUAUUGCCGUCAAUGGCAGUGAGUUAAGAUCAUUCAACGCUAGCCAGCCCAGUUAAAAUGGUUUUGAUGUCUAUUGCUGUCAGUAAAUGAGGUAAUGUAGAUUAAUUCAGACUGCAUAAUUCCUAUUUCCCCCAAGAAAUAAAACUUAAAGUCGAUGUCAAAGACUCUUGACUUCUCACUUGAAAACAUUUUCAAAGUACUUCCGAAACAUGUGAGCUCUCCGGAGUUUGUCAGGGGUGCACCGGCACCCUUUGAGCAGAACAAAGUUGCUUCUGCUGCAUCUGAUUUUUUGAUCCUCUUAGUUUCUGACACACGCUCGACUGCAUCGGUGUGGAAUGAAUUCCUUUAAAUUGACAACAAACUGGAUUUUUUUGGGGGGGGGUUGUGUCCACUAAGAGUUGGCGUUUGUCGGUGGAGCUAAACGUUGUGAUGUGGGAGCAACAUGAAACAUCAGGCUGACUAUUUUUAGGAGCUUCUUCCAAACCAACACCUCCCUCCUCUCUCGCUCUGCCUCUCUUUCUCUCUCUCUCUCGCCCUUAUUUCUCGUCCCUCGGAAUCCCACCUCACUCGUCAGCUUUCAGUGGGCAACGAAGACUAAGACCGAUCGAGCGUCAGGUCCAUCUCAACGCCUCCUUAUUUUGGAUUUCCCAAUCCUUUUAUCUGGUCAACUUCUCCCGUGUUGCCGCAUUGUGCUGGGUGAAGUUGAAGCCGCAGAAGAACCUCCUGCCAGGCAUGUACUGUAGACACCCUCGCUGCUGUCCUUAUGAAUAUUGAUGAAGAAAGCUAAAGCGGAGGUUUGUUUUUUGGUGGUGCAUCUUCUUUGCGCCUCCGAGGGGAUACCCAGGAUGCAUCGUGACUGUGGUGGCACUGAACUUGGAUAAAGGGAAGUUUUUUUCAACUCCUUUUUGUCAUUACGUGAUCACGUUUUUGCUUUUGUACGUCCGUCACAAACAAAUCGAGGUUAACUAACUGGAUUUUUCACCGCUUUCAUAGUUUGAUGCAACUUUUCAAAGUUCUCGUCAAAGGUUGGAUUAAAAUACUCCACAUAUUUUAUUCUUCAUCAUAGAGCGAAAACAGUACGGAUGUCUAAGUCAAGGAACAACAAUGGACUUGCAUCUGGAUUGAAAUUUAUGUCCGCAAUAGAGCAUUUUAUCAAGGAUCCUUCAAAUAAUUUUGUGCCUGAAACUGAACACGGAAGCACGUGGAUAUCGACUUCAUGGCAAACAAGCAAAAUUGCCAUAUCAUCAAGAAUCCUUCCGAUACCGAAGAGCUUUUUCCAGGUCUUUUUGUUUUAUCUUGGUUUGUAAUUGAAACAUUCACAGAACAAUCUGCUUUUGAACCUUUUCACAAUAGUCAUCUGAAUUGAAACAGAAUUCCAGAAAGUCUACUUUGACAUCAUCAGGGAUCCUUCAAAUGCAGUAGAACCAUCUCCAAGUCCCUUUGCUUUAUCUUGGUUUGUAGUUAAAAUAUUUACAGAAUAAUCUCGAUAUCAACUUUUUACUAAAUUAACUGACUCUUCAUCUGCCUUGAAACAAAUUUCCAGAAAGUAAACUUUUUCAUCGUCAUGGAUCCUUAACGUGAAGAAUCUUGUUCAGGCCCCUCCAGGAACAAUAUAUCUUUUACAGAACACUCUGGAUUUCAACUUUUGCACAAACGAGUUGGUUGGUAAUCAGGAACUGAAAGAGAAAUCUUGAAAAUACAGUUGAACCUUCUGCUCGAUAUCAUGAUGCAAUAGCAGUCGACAGCCUCAGACUCUUGGGCAUGAAGUCUGUCCUGGACUAAAAUUCGCCCUCUUACCCGGCAGAGGGUAUGGCUGCGGCCAUCGCCAGUUCCCUAAUCCGACAAAAGCGCCAGGCCCGCGAGUCCAACAGUGAGAAGGUCGCCACCAACAAGAGGCGCUCUAGUCCCACUAAGGAUACUAAAUCAUUUAGACAUAUCUUCAGUGUCUUUAGCAAAGUCCGUUUCUGCAGCGGCAACGGCAAGAAGAAACCAGUACGACGGAAACCAGAGCCGCAGCUGAAGGGCAUCGUGACGCGUCUCUUCAGCGAGCAGGGCUUCUUCCUGCAGAUGCAACCUGACGGAACCAUCAGUGGAAACAAGGACGAGAACAGCGACAACACUCUCUUCAACCUGAUCCCAGUGGGCCUGCGGGUGGUAGCCAUGCAGGGCGUCAAGGCUGGACUGUACAUGGCCAUGAAUGCCGAGGGCUUUCUCUACACGUCGGACAUCUUCACUGCUGAGUGUAAGUUCAAGGAGUCCGUGUUUGAGAACUACUACGUCAUCUACUCGUCCACCCUGUACCGGCAGCACGAGUCAGGUCGGGCUUGGUUCUUAGGCCUCAACAAGGACGGUGUCAUCAUGAAGGGCAACCGCGUGAAGAAAACCAAACCCUGUUCUCACUUUGUUCCCAGACCCAUUGAAGUGUGCAUGUACAAAGAGCCGUCACUGCACGAGCUGGAGGAGAAGCUUCUCCAAACCUCGCGAAGUCCCACCCUGAACGGCGAAGAGCCAGCCAGGAGCCCGCGGAGAGCCACAGAGGGUCGGGACGAGGACGGCCAGCGGGAGGACGACGACGAGGACUGCACAGAGCGGGAGGGCUCGUAGCCUGCGGCGCCCUCUGCUGGUGGAACUCCCGUGCAACACUCCUCCCCUUCACUGUUCAGCACCAAACAACCAACGCCAUGACGACGGAAACGCCAACCCGAACGAGCAGGAAAAAAAGGGCAAGAAUCUUCUUUCAACCUUUUUUUUUUUUUUUUUUUUUUUGGGUGACGACGAUUUACAUUUUAUGCAAAAAGCCAGGAGGCUAGCACAUCCACUCUUCAUCGCCGCAUCGUCUCCGUGACGACAGAGCGUUUCUUUUGCUGAGAACUUCGAAGCUUUAAGCCAUGUAGAAACAUUGCCACUAUCAAAGCGUCACGCGUGCUUUUUUUUUUUUUCUUUAACAAACACUAUAGCACUUUUUUAGCUUUUUAUUGUGGUCAGUAACAUUUGAGCAUUUUUGAAAUGCCACAUGGCAGCCUGUAUUAAUGAUUUUAAUUUGAAAACGGUGAAUGGAAGUUGUCCAAUUAGAUGUUAAACUCGCAGGCCAUGGUUUGACUCACUCCCUGUCAGAGGCCAUGUCCAUCAAACAUGGUCAUUCAAUUCCAGCCAUCCUAGUUCAAUAGCUGAAAUGAGUUACAGGUAAAUAUUCUCAAAUUUAUUUUUUAAAGAACUUGGUUCCCUUUUAAUUUUUAAUUUUUUUUCCUAAGUAAAAAAAAUAUUUAUAUAUAUUAAUAUUAUAAAUAUAUUAAUAUAUUUCUUUAAAUUUUGUUUACUGUUUAAUUGUUUGUUUAAUUUUUACAAAAAAAACCAAACAAACUCAAAAUGGAUUGGACGUCCAUCGCCUUGAAUGUCACUGAAACGUAUAUAUUAUACAGUGGUAUGAAAAAGUAUCUGAACUAGGGCUGCAGCUAUCGAAUAUUUUAGUAGUCGAUUAAUCGAUGGACUAGUUAGUUCGAAUAAUCGAGGAAUCGGAUAGGGAACAUGAAAAAUUAAAAUACCUCAGCUGAGCCUCAAACGGUAUAAUUAUUAUUAUUAUAUAUAUAUAUAAUUAUUAUAAUUUUAAAAAUGAGGAUCUAUGUACAACACAAUAACAUUUGGCUAACUUACAUAGAAAAAGUCCGCUAGCUUAAAUGCUAUAUAAUGCUAAAGUUUUUUUUUUUUUUUUUUUACAACGGUCUUAACAAAUGGUUCAGGCACAUAUUCCCACAAAAAUGGCUAAAUAUACCCAUAAACUACAUUUUGAAUGCAUUAAAAAACGUUACCUUACGUUUGUCUUAACAGGGAGCAGUUGAAUUCAGCCAUGUGAACAGAGGCAGACCAGAGGGCAGUGUAUCCACCCUAAUCAAUAAAACUAAAUGCAAACACUUUCAAAAUAAACCAUUACAACGCCACUUUUAUUGAAUACUCGAAGCAACAAAACUGAAUUCGAAUAUUUUUUUGUAAUCGAAUACUCGAGUUAAUCGAUUAAUCGUUGCAGCACUAAUCUGAACUCUUUGAAAUUUCUCACAUUUUUGCAUAAAAUCACCAUCUAAUGU